GUGUUUUUGUUGACUUGACCUCGUAUAAACUCGUGGCUGCUGUUCUCUAAACUGCAAUGGUUUUAGGACUGGAUGUUUUUCACGUCUUUAAAUAUCCUGCAGAUAAAGUCAUCAAAACACAUCUGGCCAAGUAUCCCACACCGAAGGAAAAAUUUGUGGAAUGCAUCAAAACAGUAGAAGAAAAAGUUGACUCUGUGUCAGGGAUCGAGUACAGAAAAAAGCUGGCAACAUGUACAAAUGUUGUGCCAAACUUUCUCCGAAGGCUGGGACUCCUGAACGUCCCUGCGAUCUACUUAGAGGAAGAGUCGUGGUACUACCGGCGACAGAGAACAGCCAAACUGUCCAGCAGGAUGCUGACCUGGGCUAACCUGGCAGAGCUCAGCGAGGAAUCUGAAUUCAGACCAAGUCCAGAAAACCCGAACUGGACGGAGUUUCGAAUGCACGGCACUAUCGCUAUAACUGGUGUGGGACCGUUUGGUGCUAUACUGGAAUAUUACGCACAAAUGUUUCUCAGGGGAGGAGGCAAAAAGAGUAUUCGUAUUAUGGAAGAGCUUCUACGAGAGCGUUAUGGCGAGGGAACCAAACCGUCAUCCAAUAACAGUAUUCUGUCCAACACCACUAGCCAAUCACGUCAUUCUGUGUCAUGAAAUAUCAUGAAAUGUAUGUGCCAAGGUUUUUUUAGGUAUUGGCCAAUCAGAGGACAGAUGUCAGGAAAUUUAUGGUAAUUUAUGAGCAGUUGAGUAAGUUGGAAUAAAUGUGAUUUUUGGUACUAACCAAUCAUAGGACAAAUGUCAGGAAAUUUAUGCUAAUUUAUGAGCAGUUGAUUAAGUUGGAAUGAAUGCAAUUUUUGGUAUUGACCAA